AUGUCUGGGGCAAUGGACCUUUUACCUCCAGAAGCGAAGAAUAGCAAACGGGAAAGCGAAUUCAAGAUCUACAUCAGCAAAGGCGAGCUGGAACGAAUUCACGAGUGGGUAAAAGCGAAACCUGAUAUCCAAACAGGUUAAUGUUGUUUACAUGUUUAUUGCAACGUAAAUAAAUAAAAUACAGUAAAUAUCCGAACCAUCAUCUUCUCAAUGAAAGGCUGCAAUGGUUCUUAAAUAACGUUUCCUUCGCAUGAGAUAAUACAGAGUCGUAUCUAGGUCUGCAAACAAGCUGUUAUACAAGUCUGUUCAAAAGCUGUUGUCAAGUUGUGUUCGCAUUGCUUGUUCCCAGUUGUUGUAACAAGUUUGGAACAAGCUGUUAACAACUUGUAACAAGCUUGAUGGCAUUAUCAGAUUUGUUACAAGGUUGUUCUAACAAGUCUGAUACAGUCAUGAUAUAACAAGAAUGUUACAAGUUUGGAGACACAAAGUUGUAACAACAAUAUCAUGACUGCAUGUAUCUGACUUGUUGGAACAACCUUGCAACAAGUCUGAUAUAUCAACAAGGUUGCUACAACUGUUAACAAGUUGUUUCAUACUUGUUGACAACUUGGGACAAGCAGUGCGAACACAACUUGUUGACGGCUUGUCGGCAGACUUGCUACAAGAUCGAAGAUUUUUGCGUGUGUAGUUGGGCAAGCGUAGGCAAGCUUAUAAGCAGCUAGUUCGUCUUGACAUACAGUAAGAUGCUCUGUCUGUUUGCCGCAUUAUACAACAUGCAAGGAGUAACAAAUCAACUAUCUUUUCUUCGCCCAAGUCCGUCCAGACAGAUCAGCUGUCGCUAGGAUAGGUCUAUUCACGAAAUAAUAUCUGAAUAUAAUUUUAAGGUGGUGAUCUGUUCGGCUUAUGGCUCGACGAGAGUACAGCUGUGGUCCAAUUUGUUCUCGGGCCUGGCAAAGAUUGUCGCAGGACAACAACAUCGUUCUUUCAAGAUAUUUCUUAUCUGGAACAUGCCGGAAGCUAUUUUACAAAACAACACGGACUUUGCAACAUUGGUCAAUGGCAUAGUCAUCACAAAAUACCGUUGUUUGAACCGAGUGCUGGUGAUUACAAUAUUGUGUGGAGUAACAUGCCUACAUUAGGUAUUUAACUAUGUAUUUGUUUUGCGAUAUAGUGAAGUAUAAAUAUAUCUUUUGGACAAUUUUUAAUACUUUCGCUUCAGUCUCUCUGACCGAGGUUUGUUUCCUGCGAUAAACAAUUGUCUGAGAGUCGAAUGCUUCUAGUUUGACUCUGUGAAGGGAGAACAAUUUAGAACGUUUCAGUGUAAAUAAAGUUAGUUUAGUUCAGGUUUCUUCCUGUAUACUAACAUUGGACAAAUACAGGUAUCAAGGAAUGGCCCUAACUUGGCUUCCAAAGAAAAGAGUUAAAAUUAAGCUCUUAAUUCUUACAGGUUUGGAGAGAUUUAUUGUAUUUAUCGCAAAUAUAAAAGACUCUGAGGUCACAGUGAAUGGCUUUCUGUUCGAGAUUAAAAAUGGUCAAAAGCUUCCACUUAAGAAAGGCUGCAUUGACGAACUUCAAGGAGAAAGCCCCUUGCGUUUGAAUAAUGCUGUGAUGGAAAUCGUUAGGAUUGGAGCUGAGAGCUUGAACGAGAAAGAUCAAGUGCCUAGGCCUAUAGAAGGAAACUCUGGUCAAAGUGGAACUGAAAGCACAGAGAUAGCCGAUGAAGGAAUCCCUGGAGAGAAUGGAAUGUGUGGUACUCUUAGUAUUGAGGACAGAGAUAAGACAGUUUCUGCUAGUACGAGUGCCUCCGAAAGCAAGGAGAUAGUUGAUAACAGUGGAAGAGAGAACAGCAACAACGCUAUCAACAACGACAACAGCAACAACAAAGACAACAUCAGCCGCCAAAACAACAACAAGGACAACAAUGUCGAUAACAAUAAUGAUAUCAAAAUCAAUGGCGGCAACAACGACAACAAAAACAUCAGCAGCAAUAACCACCACAACAAGAACAGUAACAACAACAACAACAACAACAACAACAACAACAACAACAACAACAACAACAACAACAACAACAACAACAACAACACAGACAACGACAACAACAGCAGCAGCAACACUACGAACAACAACAAUAGCAAACAAAACAACAGUAACAACACCACUCCUACCACCAACAUCACCACCACCACCAACAACGAAAGUAAAGCAGGACAGGAACAAGAAAAAACAGGCACACAAACCAAAUUACCCGAAACUUCAGCUACGAGCGGUGGGACUGCUUCUAAACUACCUUCUUCCUCGCUAUUAGGAUUGAAUGACAUGUUGCAAACCCCAUCCAACAAGAAACACCCAAACGAGCCCCAACAACAAGUUACAACCGAGCAACAACCUAACAGAGCAGGUGUUACCCCCUCAGAUGAGUCCGCUCCGCUGAACGAUAAGGGAACACAAGAAACGGAACCAGGACAUGAUAAGUCAGUACUACAUCGUAGCAGCAGCAGCAACACCACAAACAACAACAAUAUCAAACACAACAACAGUAACAACACCACUCCCACCACCGCUAACAAUAACAACAACAGCAGCAACAACAUCAUCACGAACAACAAUACCAAACAAAACAACAGUAACAACCCCACUCCCAUCACUGUAAACAACAACAACAACAGCGACAACAAUAACACUACCACCAUAGACAAGAACAACACCAACAAUAGCAAUAACACAGACAACAACAACAACAACAACAACAACAACAACAACAACAACAACAACAACAACAACAACAACAACAACAGCAAUAACAACAUCAAUAACAAUAAAAACAACAACACAGACAACAACAACAGCAACGACAACAACGAAAGUAAAACAGGACAGGAAGAGGAAAAAGCAGGCUCAGGAACCAAAUUACAAGGAACGCCAGUUGAGGGCGGUGGGACUGUUUUUAAACUACUUGGAAGUUCUUCCUCGCUUUCAUCAACGAGAGAUUUGAAAAGUACAUGUAAUUCAAGUAAAAAUAAAUUGCAAACCCCAUCCAACGAGGAACACUCAAACGAGCCCCAACAACAAGUUACAAUCGAGCAACAACCUAACAGAGCAAGUUUAACAAGAACCAAAUUAUCCGUAACUCCAGUUGAGGGCGGUGGAACUGCUUUUGAAAUACCUGCACAACAUCAUAACAGAGGAAGUCACUAUGAUAAUUUUAGCCCCUCAGUUGAGCCCGCUCCACGUGAUAAGGAAAGAGGAGAAACAGAACUAGGACAUGACAAUCAGGAGUAAAAAAACAGCCUGAAUCGCAAAAGGAAAAUUCGAUGGUAAAUGUGAGCAGUGAAAAGGAUAAUCCAUCUGAUCAGGAGGAUGGUGACAGGCAUUUGUCUGGUAGUGUACAGAAGGGGCGUCGAAUGUGUUACUCCUUCAGUUCUUAGUUAUUUAAAAUGUUCACUUAAAUCUAAUGCUGGUUUUAAAAUUUUAAUACGCAUUGAUGAAACAAAGUAUAAACGAUUUUAUCAAAGACAGCUUAAUUGCGACGGUGCAAAAAAUGCAAUAAUGAGUGAAUUAAUAAUAAUACAUAAAUUUUCAGAUGCGCUAAAUAUGUGAAAAAUGUUCAGAUGCACUUUAAAUGAUAGUGAAAUUGGGCUCUUGGCCUAGACAAGAGUUAUAUAAUCCCAUGCAUAUAAUUACUAUUUUGAAUGAAAUGAGAGUCUGUAUCAUAGAGGAUUCUGUAGAAUUAGUAUAACACAAUAACGUGUUAUUGGUAUGAUAUUUAUUGGGACCUGAUCAAUUGCCACAGAAUGCUGUAUAUAUUAGAGCAGUGUCAGUAAAAGAGAGUUGUCAAUCAG